AUAAAAGCACUUCCGCACACCGCUCACUAAAGAGGCACGGUGGCAUACUAAGAAGUGCCAUACUUUUUAAAAGUUUUCCUGUAAGUUCAGAAUUGUAAAAUGGAUGAAUACCAACAUCCGUUGUUCUUUGAGACGAAAGAUCUGGCAGACAGAGAGAAGGAGAAGAUCAGGAGAUACUUUCAAAAAAGACGAGAUUCUGGGGGAGGUGAUUGUGGGCUGAUUGAAAAGGCUGGAGGUAACACCUAUAAAAUCAGUUUCAAAGAAAAAGAAGACCAGGAAAGGGUUUUGCAGAGGAAGUUUCACACCAUCUCCCUUCCUUGUGGAGAAUUACGUCUGACCGUGAGCCGAACCAGUUCGCCACAGAACCCUGACCCUAGUCAUUCACAGAUAUUCACAAAAACAAACACAAAAGGCCUUGAGAAGAUUUUCAGGAUAGAUAUUUUCCUCCUGUAUUACCUUAAAGACAGCCCUAAAGCAUCCAAAGUCUUACAGAAGCAACUCUCUUCUAUCGGCUGCACAGUGGAGUUCAAUUUUGAUGAAGAGGAGGCAGUUGUUAGGGGAGAUAUUGAGAAGGGGCCUGGAGGAGCCUUUGGCAGUGCUGCAGAGAAAUGGAACAUACAGGUAGAUCAGGUCUUCAUCUGUCUUACUGAGAAAUACCUCUGCUAUCAUGUAGUUGAGCCAAAACAAGUAAAAAUCCUACUGCAUGACCGCUCCUUUGUGACCGAUGAUAUCAAAGUGUAUACAAAGAGCGGUUACGCUGUGGUUGUAGGAGAAGUUGAGGCUGUGAAGGAGAGGAUUGCAAUCCUGGAAAAGAGCCUGCCAACCCAGAAGGAAUUACCAAUUGUGGAGAAGCAGUUUAAACUGGUAGAAGAAGAGUUUAGUCGAGAAAUGCGUGCACAUUGCCCAGAUGUUAAAAUCCACAGAGGUAACGCUAUGAUCAUCUUGGAAGGCCCUAACAAGGAGGUGCAGUCAGGAGCUACAAAACUUGAUGAACUGAUCAAAAAGGUAAAAGAAAAGAAAGUUAAUCUCCCCACAGUUUUAGUGACCUUCAUAACAUCCAGUGGCGCUAUCUCCAAGUACCAGGCUCGCUUCCAGCAGAGCCUCAGAAAUCCUGUUUCCCUAGAGGUGGGGUCAGACCUGGUCCUGUCCAGUUUGUCCUCUGAUGCCCUGGAUGAGGCUCUGGCAGCAGUGCAGAGAGACCUGAGUGUGGCCACUGUGAAGCUGCAGGGAGCUGCAGCUGCACGUCCAGAUCUAGACAAAGUCAAAGAAAUCAUGAUCAAAGCCAAAAACGAGGCAAACUGUCAAGAGCGCAGAGUGGACGUCAGCUUCAUCCCAGGACCCAGUGGAACAGCAGUCACCAAAGUACGACUUGUGGGCUACAGUCAAAAUGUGAACAAACUGAAAGAGGUUCUGCAUGACUACCAGAUGAACCAAGUCAGGACACAAGAAGUAAUGAACCUACCGCAUCCUGAACUGGUUGACUGUUUUGAUAAAAUCUUAGCACUGAUUGGGAUGAAGAAGACCAAGGUGACCUUCAAAACCACGCAUUUCCCAUAUCCUUCUGUACUUGUGUCUGGCCCCCGUUGUCUGGUCCAGGAGGCCCAGCAGGCCUUAAACUCAGCUCUAGCCUGUUUGGCAUCAGACACACUAGUUCUAGAUGGACCAAGGGCUCAGCGGUACUUCCAAGCAGAGGGCAAAGAAAGCAAGGAGCUGGUAGAGAGCUCCUGUCAGGUCCUUAUCAGGGAACAGCAAGGUCUGUACUCCCCAAAUGUGAAAAAUAAAUCACAAAGCUUUAGCAGCCCCAGCAGCAUCACACCCAGACCUUCCAUCACCAGAAGGCACAGCACUGUUGGGAGCACUGUGGUCAACAAGACAAGCCUGGAGAUCAAGCUUGGCAGUUUGGUGGAUGAGCAGGUGAAUGUGUUGGUGGUCCCCAUGCACAACGGGAAGCUAAAUUCUACAAAAAUUGGUAAAUGUCUGUUGAAUAAAGCAGGGAAUGCAAUCAAGUCAAAGUUUAACUUGAUGGCAGCCAGUUGUACCCUCGCCCCUGGUGAUGUUCUGCAGGUUGAUGGGCCUCCAUCUCUGGGCUGCUCCAAGCUCUUCUUCAUUGAGUGCUUCCCAUGGGAUGGAGUCAGAGGGCAGAGUGUGCAGGCACUUGGUAAUGGGCUGAAGAAGUGUUUAGACCUCUGUGUACAGCAGCGUUUGUGCUCAGUGGCCUUUCCAGUUAUCGGACAUGGAAUUGUUUUAAAAUACCCGCUGAGAGAAGCCAUUCAAGUCCUGACUGAGAACAUUCACCAGUUUGGAUUAUCUGCGUCCUCUGGGUCUCUCUCAACCAUCCACAUCGUCAUUAAACCAGGCUAUCCUAACUCUGAGGAGUGCUACCAUGAUGUCCACAGGCACCUUAGCUUAAAUAUGAACCAGGGAGGCCAAGCAAUCUUCAGGUCCCUCACCAGUGACCUUGAUGACAUCACAAUGACAGUAGGAGGAGGGAUUAAACUACAGCUGGUGUUUGGUGACAUCACUAAUGAGAUUACAGAUGCUGUGGUGAACACGACUGACUUCACAAAUUUUCAGAACGAUGGUGUGUGCAAAGACAUCUUAACCAUUGCUGGACCAGAGGUGGAGGCUGAACUAAAAGCAGCAAAAGUGAAGCGAGGAGAAGUUUUUGUAUCCCAGUCUGGAUCAUUCUUCUGUGAAGCCAUUUUACAUGUGUGUGGAGAAAGGGAUGCAGGUAUCAUUGAACAACUGGUGUGUCGCAUCAUUGAACAUUGUGAAGCAUUUGGAUUCAAGUCCGUGGCCAUUCCUGCCAUCUGUGCUGGAACUGGUGGGUUGGACCCUGGUGUCGUGGCAGGUGCCAUCCUCCGAGGUGUCAAGGCUGCCACGUCGUCCACUCCCCUCUACUGUCUCACCAACAUCCGCCUUGUCUUGUUUAAGAUCAAUGUCUUCUUGGCGUUUAAAAAGGAAGCAAUGCAAAUGUAUUCCACUGCUGUAAUCAACAGAGUGUCAAUGCCUCAGUGGCCUCAUGUACAGCAACAAUAUCAACAACAACCCCCUUCGACUCUGAGCGCAGACCAUAGCAUCCUCCCUACCAGCUACACAAGUCAACAGUCCGUCUUCCUGUUCCUGGGUCUUUCCAGAAAGGAUGUUGAUGAUGCCAAGACAAAACUGAAGAAUCUGUAUCAGGCUCAGUGCUCUACUCAAACCUUCAAAAAGGAGGAGAUGGCAUGCCUCACCCAGGACGACGUGGAGGAUCUGAAGCAGCUGGUGGAGACCGAGGGUCUGUACAUGCAGAAGGACCAGUCCGGCCAGGGCAGCUUAACAGUUAGUGGGUUAAAAGAUGGGGUCAACCAGGUGAGGCAGAUGAUUAAUGUCUCUCUGCAUGGGUCCCUCAGAAGAGAGGUGAGAGUCAGGGAGGAGGAGGAUUUGUACACUCGUGUGGCAUGGUGCAUCCUGGGACCGAACGGCAACUGGGAGAGACUCCCCAAAACAUCCAAUCACAACCUGGAAAAUAAUGAUAUAGCAGGAGGGAUAGCGGACGCACUGGGCAUCCUGUGGAGUGUAGAUCCACAGAGAUUGGAGGCCACAAGAGAGGUAACUGGACAGACGGCGAUGCUGAAACGACUUGUAAAUCUGCCAGACUUCCCUCUCCCCCUGUACUGGGACAACAUGGCUGCGGGUGAAGUUUUAAAAGUGGUUGCACUGCAGCCUUCCUCUGCAGAGUACCGGACAGUGAAGGAGGCCUUCAAACGAACUGUCUCCAAGACUGUAAUGAAGAUUGAGCGCUUGCAGAAUGUUCAUCUCCGACGUGCCUAUGAAGUACAGAAGAAGCACAUUACUGAUAGGAACAUACAGGAAGGUGGAGCAGGUGAAAAGCUUCUGUACCAUGGGACGACCCAGGACAACUGUGACUCCAUCAUGAAAACUGGGUUCAACAGACGCUUUGCUGGGCAAAAUGCAACUGCAUUUGGUCAUGGUACCUACUUUGCUGUAGACGCCAGCUACUCAGCCAACCCCACCUACUCCAAGCCAGCUGCUGAUGGUUCUCAGUUAAUGUUUGUGGCCCGAGUCCUGACUGGCAUCUACACUCUGGGCCAAAACAACAUGAAGGUUCCUCCGCCACGCAGUGACCAGCGGCCCCAUGACCGCUACGACAGUGUGGUGGAUAGAAUAAACAACCCCAACAUGUAUGUUGUGUUCCAUGAUAACCAAGCAUACCCAGACUACCUCAUCACCUUCAAGUGAGGGAAAAGUGAUGUAUUACAUGGUAUGUACAGAAAAAAUUGUAUAUGAUGAAGAUGUUAUAUGAUGGACCUAUUAGAUCAAAGAACACAUUUAGGCUACAAAAAUGUAUACACAUCACAGAUGCCCUCAUGUGCAAACCAACAGUAAAUUCAAUAAACUGAGCUGUUUUAACAAUAAAAAAUCCACAGCGGCUGCAGCCCCAAACACACAUAUUAAAGCAAAAAGAGGGCUGCACAGUUUUUGCACAACAUGUUGUGCGCACACACACACCACACACACAACGCCAUGUUGUUGACGUUCUCCAUCCGUCAGUGAGUUUGUUGUUGUACUCACCUGUCGUUGUUCAAGUUCUCUGUUCGUUCAUUCUCAAAGCUUAAUAUAACCAGUGCAUGCCUCAAAUUCAAAAACUUUGAUCUGAAAGAGUCUCUGCAGUCACAUCAGGGAUUAUUGUCACAAACAGCAGAAAGGCCUAACUUAUGAUAGAAGUUUCAUAGUGAACGCAAAGUCACCGUUGGAGGAUCCACCAUGAGCGUUUUAGCAUUUAGCAUGUUAGCCAGACCCUGCGUGCACCUGUUGGUCAGGCAAGGUCGUGGGUGUGUUAUAUGUGAUAUGGGUCAAUUAGCGUGCUCGCCAGGUGGUGCAUUAAACCAGUAAUUAAUUAAGGUAGAUGCACCAGUAAUUAAUUAAGGUAGAUGCAACCUUUUUUUAACUAUGCUAACUAUGCUAACCCAUAAUGACGUUCUUUUUAAUAUUGCAUUGUUGUAAACUGCUAAGCCAGGCCUGGUCGCGACUGCAUCCCCCACACCCCCCGGCACUGAACAUGUAUGUUUUCCAGAGUCAGCUGAGUGCAGAGUGUCACCUCUCUGGACAUGGAGCUCUCUCGGGCUCUGCCCUCCUGCAGCCCCAGACACACCAGCAGCUUUUUCUCUGCUGCAGAUGCUGAUUUGGCUCCUUUCUUUUGUUCCAUUCUCUCACACGGUUUAUCCGGACUUUUUCUUGUGACUAUUGUUUUUACUCUGUAACGGAUGAGACUUGAAAUGUAGCACAAAGUACAAUACUGUAGAUCAAAAGUAAGUACAAAUAAAAUUGCAGAUUAAAAAAAAAAUACACAAAAAAAAACUUUGUUCCAUUAAAGAGAGUAAAUGUAAUUCGUUACUUCCACCUCUAGUCUUAAGAAUAAAGUAAAAAAAUAAGCUUUUGAUUGUUUGUGAUGUUUACAAGUAUGUUAACUUAAAGUUAUAGUUAUACAGUAUGUAACAGCAUCUUUGAGAUUUAGUAAAAUCCAAAUGAAAAUUGUAAAUUUGAGCAUAAAUAUACAUGUAAAUCUUCAGUUUUUAAAGUUUAAGUGAAAAAAAGUCAAAACUGGGUCAGGGUUUUCGGCCCAAACGUAACUUUAGCUACUUGGCUACCUGCAGGGUAAUUCCUCUAGGAAUGAGGAUGUUUUACUGUUGCACUUUUGUUUUUUAGAUUACAAGAUGUACUGUUUCUGGCUUUUCAAACAGUUAACGAUUCAUUUUCUGUCUGAUUUUGAGUUUACUACCAAUCUUAUAAAAUUUGUUGAAUCAUU